AUGCAUUCGCGACUUACUUUGGAUCAACAGCAGCAUUUACAUCAACAUUUGCAGCAUCUAAAUAAUUCGGCCAAUUUCAAUCAUUUUCUGGAAAAGUGUCGCUGUACCGUUCAUCAUCAGCAUCAUCAACAUCCUCGACAGCAACAGCAUCAGCUCCAGAAUCCGAUACAGCAAACCUUGCAACAAACUCAGGGUCAAUUAAUACAUCAGACAUAUCAAUAUCAUCAGCAACAACAAAGGCAACAACAUCAUCAACACCAUCACCAUUAUCAAGGCAAUCCUCAUCAGCUGCAACCUCAAUAUCAUCCGCAUUCACAGACUCGUCAUACACAACAGCCAGCUCAACAAUAUUUGCAUUCGCAUCGGCUAUCGGGCCAGGUAUUGUCCGCUCUCACCAAUACGCAUCAGCAAUUGGCCCCACAGCAUAAACAGCAUAGCUCCAUAGCCCAUCACCUGUAUCACCAUCAUCAUCCACAUACUCACCAUCCGCAUCACCACCAUCCUCAAUAUCACCAACGCCAAACUCUGGUUGCCAGCGUUUCGGCAAAUUGUUCCUCCAUAGCUGCAGCUGCUGUCGCUGCGGCUGCAUCCUCUUGCUCGCAAACGCAAUAUCCUUCACCGCCAACCUCCUCACCUUCAGCAUCUCCAGCGACCUUAGCUACACCGCCAACACCAACGCCGACACAGCCUGCUGUACCAGCUGCUCCAGCUCUAGCUGCUUGUCUUCCUUCUUCGCAUCCUGCUAACAUUUCAACUGCAACAAUGUAUCGACGUCACCAGAAUCUAUCAUCGUAUUGUGGUGUUGGCAGCCAAGAGCCAGGACAAAAUUAUCAAGUUCAGUAUGUGGAUACGGAUUUAUAUCAUAGCAAUUCCAGUCAAUCGCAAAUGACAUAUCCAUUUUGUCCCAUAGGAGAUUAUCAACCCAAUGGACAAUCCUACUAUACGACAACACAUACACCCAACUAUUCAACAGCGGUUCCAUUGAAUGCACCCACCGUGCCACAUCCGUCUACAUUGCCGUACAUAGUGCCGACGGAGGAAGCAUUGCUGUUGAAUGCCUCAUCGCAGACCCACAGCAGAGAUUCACCGCAUAGUCUGACAGAAGUUGCUUUCAUACCGGAUCCUCAUAGUACUUCACAAACUCCAACCUCAACCACAGCGAAUUCGGUUAAUGUGGGAAGUAUUGGACCGGCAGGUGGCAGCAGUGGAGGCAGUGAUGUCUCACCGGACAAUGAUCAUGGUUUAAUGGGAAAUAGCAAUAAAAUUGCUUCAGCAACGAUCAAAUGGCUUUCUCGCAACUAUGAAACUGCCGAGGGGGUAAGCUUACCACGUUCCACGCUAUACAAUCACUACAUACAACAUUGCAACGAAAGCAAAAUUGAACCAGUCAAUGCCGCCAGCUUUGGCAAGCUAAUACGCUCAGUAUUCUCCGGCCUGAGAACGCGUCGCCUGGGAACGCGUGGUAAUUCAAAAUAUCAUUACUACGGCAUACGUAUCAAACCGGAAUCAAUACUCAAUCACAUGAUGGAUGAAAAACCUGCUGCUUUCCAAACACAUCACCUAAAUCCUGCAAAUUUGGGUCCGGACCCCCACAACUCUAUGGUGGCGUGUAGCUCUAGUAGUCUGGUCAGCUCUGCGUCUAGUGCCCAUGUGGCCAGCAAUAACAACAAUAAUGUAGCAGUUUCCAACAGUGGCGCUGGUCUACACAUAAAUCGUUGUCCCAAAAAGGCCCAUUCAUUCAAAUCGGAAACCCAUGAAGCUUGUGGUCAUUUUUUGGGUGAUGGCUCGGGUGCUAUACCCUCCUUUCCUCCCAUAGAGCUGGAUAAUACCUUUGAUAGUGAACUAACAUCAGAAGAUGUUGAAACUUUUCGCUCUAUGUACCGCGAGCAUUGUGAGAAUUUCUUAGAUGCUGUUCUCAAUUUGGACUUUAACACCAUCGAAUUUCUGUGGAGAGAUUUUUGGCGUGAAAAUCCCAAUUUGGAUGAAUGUGGUGAUGAGGAAAAGUACUUGAGCAAAACGAAGCUAUAUCUGUUGUGUCAUUGUGCUGGAGUACAGAAAUUCGUGAGAGAGAUCGAUUAUCAAUUUUAUCAAAAUAUGGUAGAUGUUAUAAUACCCGAUGUUUUGCGCUCCAUACCCAACUCUCUUACUCAGGCCAUACGUAAUUUUGCCAAAAAUAUGGAAAUAUGGUUGUGUGAAUCCAUGAUCGGUGUUCCGGAACGCAUGGUGCAAAUAAAAUCCUCAGCUGUAUCGGCAUUUUGUCAAACCUUACGACGCUACACUUCACUAAAUCAUUUGGCUCAGGCGGCACGAGCUGUUUUACAGAAUAGUUCACAGAUAACACAAAUGUUGAAUGAUUUGAAUCGAGUGGAUUUUCACAAUGUGCAGGAACAAGCUGCUUGGGUCUGCCAGUGUGAACCUUCUUUGGUGCAACGUUUGGAAAAUGAUUUCAAAACCACCCUGCAACAACAAUGUUCGCUCGAACAAUGGGCCACCUGGUUACAGGUGGUUGUGGACUCUGUAUUGCAGGAACAUUUUGGCAAACCAAGUUAUGCGAAGGCAGCACGUCAAUUUCUCUUAAAAUGGAGCUUUUAUAGUUCGAUGAUAAUUCGUGACUUGACAUUACGUUCAGCUUCCAGUUUUGGUAGUUUUCACCUUAUACGUUUGCUAUACGAUGAGUAUAUGUUCUAUUUGAUCGAACAUAAGGUGGCGGAGGCCCAUCAGAAGACAGCUAUAGCAGUAAUCUGUGAUUUGAAGCAAAAAGAGGUGGAAUUUGAUUUUGGCUAUCAACUGGAAUUCAUUACUAAUGAUACUUUGGGACCCGAACGACCUGGAACAAAACGCCUAAAGCAUGAAUGAGUUACGUGGCAAACGAAUUAUACACUAACUCUUGGAUGAUGACUAUUUGGACAUUUAUUUGUGUAUUGUAACACCGACAAUUCAUUACAUAUGCACCACAUAAAAUAGUACCUAAAUUGAAUAUAAUGGUAUAUUAAGCACUUUGUAUAUAUUUGUGUAGUUUUUAAUAUAUAUGAAUUAUUAUAAUUAUGUAUAAACAUUAGAGUGUGCCAAAAGAGAAAAAGUUUUUUUUUUUUUGAAACGGUUUACACACUUUAAUAUUCCAUUGACGCCGCAUCAGUAUAAAUUUCACAUUAAUUAAUUACAAAUGUAAUUAAUGUUGUUACCCAUGGCGAAACAAUUAAGGGUGAUCUCAUUUGUACAACAACCAACCAACAGCAAAUCAUAUGGUGCAAUCCGCCAUUUUGUCAUCUAGCUCAUCGUUUUUUUGCCAACCCACACAAAGAAAUUUGUGUGCGUGUGUGCAUACGUGUGCGUACAUGAGCAGAGAAUAUGAGAGAAAGAAGAUGACAACAAAGAGAAUGCAAACAAAAAUCUGAUAUCUUAAUACCGUCAAACCUGGCUGUUAACAGCUGUUCGCAUUAGACCACCUUGUUAAAUCCGCCUUGGCUGUAACCUUUGUUUUGUGUUUUUGUUUGACUUUUGUUUGUGUUCUGCCAAUAAGAGAGUCCGCCGGAUUUCGCAAUACAUUAAUGGUCAAUUUCGCUGAGAAUGAGCUUAGAACUAGGCAUAAGACAGUAUUCGGCUUAUUGUGCGCUAAAAAUCUUAAAUUUAUACCCGAAAGAGAUCUAUGUCAGGAACUCCGAGCUACUCACAAAAUUCUUAAUUGUUAACCACUGCGAAUGCCGAACAUUACUAUAGAAAAAAUCCCAACGUCUCAUCAUCUUCCGCACAUGCUCUUCACACACUGUCACUUGCCCCAUCCAUUCUUCAUAAAUGCGUCCGUAGUCAUAUGUGACCCGUAAUGAUACCAAAGCUAUAGUGACCUCCUUCAUGCUUUCUCUCAGUAAAAGCCUGGAUCUGGAUCCCCUCAUACGGUUUUCGUCGUCCUGUCAAUCGUUUCACUUUUCUACAGUGCUACUUGCGCUUUCGUUGCACACGCCCUUAACUCGAUCAGCAUUGCCCAGAAAGACUGUGCAUUUAUCAAUUCAACUGAUGGCACGCUUCUGACUCCUGCGGCUAAUUCGCCUGCACUUUUGUUCCCCUUAUUCCGCCAAGCCCCAGCACCCGAAAGAUGGGGAUUGUGCCAUCCUCAGAGAAGGCUUAAAUCUGCUUCUUACAUUCCAUGACUAUUCGUGACCAGUGAGGCCGUUUUUGGUAGGUUCCUACCAAAAUUUGUAGGUGUUUAUUCUCUUGGUAGGUUGGCAUGACGAAACAAUUAAAGGUGGUCUCAUUUGGACAACAACCACAAAUCAUAUGGUGCAAUUCGCCAUCUUGUCAUCAAGCUCAUCGUUUUUGCCAACACACACAAAGAAAUUUAUGUGUAUACGUGUGCGUACAUGAGCAGAGAAUAUGCGAGAAAGAAGAGAAUGCUAACAAAAGUCGGACAUCUUAAUACCGUCAAACCUGGACGGCUGUUAACAGCUGUUCGCAUGAGACCACCUUUUUAAAUCCGCCUUGGUAGGUCAGUAGGCCGAUCUCAAUAUUUAGUAGGUUUUUCAAACAUAUAAAUACCAAGUUAUUACUGAAAAAUCCGCUGGGGAUAGCUUAAAAUUAUUUCACUUCUUGUCGUUGCUGUGUAUUCGUUAAGAAUGCAGAAUAAAACCAGGUAUGUGGAGGGGCCUAAUGCUGUUACAAGCGGUCUGACGACAUCGAAUUUCAGGAAAAAAGUAGAGAGUUCUUAUGUUGACUGUUGUUGUUGAAGCCACAUUUUUAUGUGGAGGUGGCGAUCCUCGUCAAGCUCCUAUAGGUGAGCAAGCUCGUUCCGAUCGCCGCGAGAACAGGUUGGCCAUUGGUUAUUUAAAGGCGCCAAUAACUCGCCUUGCCAUAUCGAGCAUCAUAGGCUCUCAGUAUUUGUGCAAGAGCCGGUGCCACCCGGCCUCUCACUGAGACUCUCCAUGACAGUAAUGAAUACCAUACAGAUUGGACCUCAAUGUUCCAGUCUGUGUGGUGCUCACAGCUAUCCCGAGCUGGGGAUUUUGACUCUAACUGGUAUGAGUGUAAAGGGAUCUUUCGUAAAUUCUAGGUCAGAACUGCGUUCAAUGCCUUCAAUCGGAAAACAGGGCUAUAUGGCAGCUGCAUACAAAUAUGAUUAGAUCUGGUCCAUACUCGGUUGUUGAGGCGUCCAUAAAACUCACUGUAAAUGGCGCUAACGGGGAGUAAAAGCGCAUUUAUGGGCUUAAACCAUUAAACCGCGAGAUCGCUUUACUCAAUCUCGGCACUGCAAUCUUAACAAAAAUACUACUUUUAUAAAUUUAAGUUUUCUUAUUGAAAGAUCGGUAUAAAGAGUGCUAUAUCAAGAUAUAUGCUAUAUUCGAACUUCAAGCUGUGGAGUGAUUUCAACAAACUGAUGGAGGGACACGAAGAUAACUUUGAUCUGGUAUAUAUUCUUUCUAGGAUUGCUGUUAUGUUGAAGUUGAUAAAUUGAU